AUGGCUUCAUCAUUCAACUCCACUUAUGCUUUGGAUUCUGAACUUAAGAAGCGACUCAGAGAUCCUUAUGAUGAAGGUCUUGAGAGCUUUGUGAACGAGAGCUACGACUUGAGAAAUAUACUACGCAUCGAGUCAUUGAAUAAUAAAUAACCACUAUUAGUAUAAACUAAUGUGAAGAGAAGAGUGGUGGAUGCAUUCUCCUAGAUGAAUUUGAAUAGCAACUUUGGCAGUUAAAAUACUUAAUCAAAAAUCUAAGAUAACAUUGAGAAUUCAAAUCUAUCAUCAACAUAGUAUUAAUGUCCAGAUAGUAUACUCUCUAAAUCUAAAAAUCUAGACUAAUCUUCUUAGAAUGAGAUUCUUCUAGAAAAUGAUGAAACUAUGGUUUGUGACGAACUGCUGGAGGAAAGCAAAGAUCAAUUAAAGCAAGGAGGGAGAUGGGUUCUCGAUAAAUCACUAGCAGGCAGGGAUCUAUUGAUGUCAGAACUAAAUAAAAAAAGGACUCUUGACUAUUUAUUUGAAAAAAAUAAUAAUCAAAUGGCGGAAAAUCUCACCUUACAGGCAUAAUGCUAGUCAUUUGAUAACGAUUUUCAAUCUUAGAUUAUUCAGGUACAUUCUGGAAUAAACAAAAAAGAAAUGUUAAAGUCGUUUUUCCAAUUUUAUCUCUCGAAUGUUCUUUAGAACAAUACCGCUCUUCUCAAUAGCUACCUCAGAAAGUUAAAGAACAAGUAUUCUGAGCUAUAGCCUAAGGAAAGAAUAAGCUUCCAUGAGCUGCAGGAAUCCAUAUAGGAAAUGGAACUAGAUCAAGAUCAAAGGCAAAUGGUCUAUCAACUGCUGAGUCGAGAGACGAACAUUUAGGAAUUGAUGGAAAUAAUUUGA